CUCUCUCCUUCCUAAAGCUCUGCUGCCCAGCAUCAGCUCUGGUACUUGGCAGAGUUUGGAGAAUGAGCGAGUGGAGGAAGGAACAAACAAAAGCACAAGCUGUGCUAAGAUAAGUGCUGAAAGAGAAGCCCAGAGAGCUCGAGUCCAGCGGAAAAGAGAUGAGAAUAAACUCUGAAGCUACAGGCAGUACGGACCUGAAUCAUCAGGAAGCCCGUCAAGGAGGGGAGUGGCUUUCCGGACCGGCAAGUGGACCAUAUAAGCCCCGGAGGGCCGGCGCUGCUCUGAUCCCUUCCACUGGCUUCUGCCUGCCAGAGGAGCACCUUCAAACAGCUCUCGUACAGCACCCACCAUGUCGCAGGCUGGUGCUCCGGAUGCCCCCAUCAAGAAGAAGCGCCCCCCUGUGAAGGAGGAAGAUCUGAAGGGGGCCCGUGGGAACCUAGCCAAGAACCAGGAGAUCAAGUCCAAGACCUACCAGGUCAUGCGGGAGUGUGAACUAGCCGGCUCCACCGCCCCGUCAGUGUUCAGCGGCAGCCGGACCGGCUCGGAGACUGUCUUUGAGAAGCCCAAAGCUGGACCUGCCAAGAGUGUCUUUGGCUAAGAAGUACAUGCCAUUCCCCUCACCGCUGUCAACUCCCAGACGCAGGAUCCUUUCCCCAAAACUUUUUAUGCCAGAAUGCACCUUCUCGUCUACUGUCUGUGGGACUGCCACCUGCCCCUCACAGCCCGGGGCCCUCGGCCCAGGGACUCUACGCCAGCACCUGGAGAACAGCAAUAAAGAGGACACCCAAGUGGCUCCA